AUGUCUCAAUUAAUAAAGCCUAUAUCUGCUCAAUCACCUUCUAAAUUAAGAAGUUCAGUGUCUCAGUACACAUAAUUAAAAAGUCCUUAUAAUAAUGAAAUUCAACAAGGUAUAUGGUCAUUGUAUAAAAGGCUCUACAUAGCAAAAGUCUUAGUAUAGUUUAAGAAAUUCUCAUUAUACGAGUAAAUUCGAAAAGAGUAUUGAUAUGGAUAUGAAAUAGAGCAAUAGCUUUAAUAAUCCUGAAUUUGAGAUUAAAAAUUGAUGAAUUUAGUUGAAUUACAAUAACAUGAAAUAAAUAAUUGGAAGCGUAGAUAUGAAUAAGCAGAAGCACGAGUAUUUUAUUAAAAAUUAUGCUUAGGGUAUGAGUUCUUAUUCAGCUUAAACUUUGAAGGAUUAUGAUAAUCAUUUAGAUUAAUUAACCAAAGAAUUAAAAAGUUACAUUUUUAUAAAUGAUGAUUUAAAUUGCAAAUUGAAAGAUAAAGAUAAUUAGAUAUCCAAACUCAAUUGA